GACGUGUUUGUUUACUGAGCGAAUGUUUACCACUUAUGUUUGUUGUUUUCAUGGUUUCUCACCGGAAGUACUUGUUUGCGACGCCGCCGUCGAUAAUUUGUCGUCAUUCAUCCUUGGUCAUCGAAACACAGACAAGGGUGUACAGUGCUGAUCCUCGCCAUGGAGCUGGCUCACAGUCUGCUGCUCAAUGAGGACGCUUUGGCUCAGAUCACUGAAGCAAAGAGACCAGUCUUCAUCUUUGAAUGGCUUCGCUUCCUCGAUAAAGUGCUUGUGGCAGCAAAUAAGGUGGAUGUGAAGGAGAAGCAGAAGAAGCUGGUGGAACAGUUAACAGGACUAAUCAGCAGCGCCCCUGGACCACCAACCAGGAAACUGCUGGCUAAAAACCUUGCUACUCUUUACAGCAUUGGCGAUACCUUCACCGUUUUCCAGACGCUGGACAAAUGCAACGACAUCAUUAAAAGCAAGGAUGACACACCCGCGUACUUACCAACAAAACUUGCUGCAGUUGCCUGUGUUGGAGCAUUUUAUGAAAAGAUGGGCCGGAUGUUGGGAAGCUCAUUUCCAGACACCAUUAAUAAUCUACUGAAAGCGCUAAAGAGUGCAGAGUCCCAAGGGAGAGGAGAGAUCCUGCUCAGCCUGCAGAAGGUGCUGAGUGGACUUGGUGGAGCUGCAGCUUCAUGUCACAGAGACAUCUACAAGAACGCCCGCUCCCUGCUCACAGACAGAUCCAUGGCUGUACGCUGUGCAGUAGCUAAGUGUCUGCUGGAGCUGCAGAAUGAGGCAGUUUUCAUGUGGACAACAGAACUGGAAAAUGUGGCCACUCUGUGUUUUAAAGCCUUGGAAGGCUCCAACUAUGGUGUUCGGGUGGCAGUGGCCAAACUGCUGGGUACGGUCAUGGCCACAGCCCUCAUGCCCAAACAAGCUGCAGUGAUGCGUCAGAAUGUGAAGCGGGCUACACUGGAUGAGGUGCUGGAGCUGAUGGCCACGGGGUUCCUACGUGGUGGAUCUGGCUUCCUAAAGAGCGGAGGGGAGAUGUUAAAGGGGGGAGCCUCUGUCAGCAGGGAGGUGCGAGUGGGUGUCACACAGGCUUACGUUGUGUUUGUGACCACACUGGGUGGUCAGUGGCUGGAGCGCAAUUUCGCCAAAUUUCUGUCCCACGUCCUGGACCUUGUGUCUCAUCCACGGGCCACACAGACGCAUGUCGAGGCUGUGUACUCGCGGCGCUGUGUGUCCUUCAUGCUGCGCGCCACACUGGGGGGCUUGCUAGGAGAGAAAGCUCAGAUUGCGGCCGGCAAAGAAAUCUGCCAAGCCAUCAGCAAACAAAUGAGGGCUGUGGGUAAGGAGGAUGGGGGGGAAAUAUCACGGUUCAGAGCAUUACAGAAGGCAGUAGUGAACGACAUCAGCGGUGAGAACAAGGCGGGAGCAGCUGACGUCUCUGCCAGUCAGCAUGUUAUGGUGUGCGCCCUGAAAGAACUGGGCAGUUUAGUUCAGAGCUUGAGUGCAACGGCUUCCCCGCUUAUCCAGGAGCCUUCAAUCGGACUUCUUGAAACUGUGACCUCAGUGCUGCUGCAUCCAAGCAUGGCAGCACGUCUGGCAGCCGCGUGGUGCCUGCGCUGUGUGGCCGUGGCUCUACCCUAUCAGCUGUCUCCGCUGCUGGACCGCUGCGCAGAGAGAAUCAACAACCUGAAGAGUUCUCCUGAGGCCGUGAGCGGCUACAGCUUUGCUAUGGCAGCUCUGCUGGGAGGAGUACACCAGUGUCCACUGGGUAUCCCUCACUCCAAGGGCAAGCUGGUGGUCAGCAUAGCAGAAGAUCUUCUGCGUACAGCAGCUCAGAAUAGCCGACUGUCCCUGCAGCGCACACAGGCUGGAUGGCUUCUGCUGGGGGCCCUCAUGACUUUAGGUUCCUCACUCGUCCGCUACCAUCUUCCAAAAAUGCUGCUGCUGUGGAGGAACGUGUUUCCACGCUCCCAGAAGGAACUGGAGGCUGAAAAGGCCAGAGGGGACUCCUUCACGUGGCAGGUCACUCUGGAGGGCCGGGCUGGAGCCCUGUGUGCCAUGCGUAGCUUUGUGGCGCACUGUCCCGAGCUUCUCACUGAAGAUGUCAUCCGUAGACUCAUGACUCCCAUCGAAUGUGCAAUGACCAUGAUGUCACAGGUCCCUGCCAUCAUUAAAGUCCAUGGUGCUCACCUAAAAGCAAGUGCAGCAAUGGUGAGACUCAGGUUGUAUGACAUCUUGGCCCUGUUGCCUCCUAAGACGUAUGAAGGCAGCUUUAAUGCUCUCCUGAGGGAACUGGUGGCAGAGUUCACUUUGACCGACAACUCCGCCAACACCACCACCUCUCUGUUGCGCUCUCUGUGCCACUAUGAUGACAGCGUGCUCAUGGGCUCCUGGCUACAGGAAACUGACCACAAGUCCAUCGAGGAUCAACUGCAGCCCAACAGCGCAUCCGGCAGCGGCGCUCUGGAACAUGACCCCUCGUCAAUCUACCUGCGUGUCCCCGUCGGCGAGGCCAUCCCAGGGCCUCUACCUCUGGGUGUGUCAGUCAUCGAUGCUUCAGUUGCUCUGUUUGGGGUGGUUUUCCCCCAUGUCUCCUUCAAACACAGGCUGCAGAUGCUAGACCACUUUGCAGAGUGCAUUAAGCAGGCCAAAGGAGUUCGACAGCAGGCAGUCCAGCUGAACAUCUUUACUGCGGUGCUCAGUGCCCUCAAAGGUUUGGCUGAGAACAAGAGCACUCUGGGCCCGGAGGAGGUCCGGAAGUCUGCUCUGGCUCUGGUGAUGGGAGCGCUGGACAAUCCCAAUCCGAUCCUGCGUUGUGCUGCCGGGGAAGCUUUGGGUAGGAUGGCCCAGGUGGUGGGAGAGGCCACCUUCAUCGCCAGAAUGGCACAGACCAGCUUUGACAAGCUGAAGUCGGCUCGUGAUGUGGUUUCAAGGACAGGCCAUUCAUUGGCUCUUGGCUGUCUACAUCGAUACGUUGGAGGGAUCGGCUCUGGCCAGCACUUAAAAACCAGUGUUAGCAUCCUGUUGGCUCUCGCUCAGGAUGGAUCUUCUCAUGAAGUUCAGACCUGGGCUCUGCACUCUCUGGCUCUGAUCGUGGAUUCUAGCGGCCCCAUGUACCGAGGUUACGUGGAGCCCACGCUCUCCCUGGUGCUCACCCUUCUGCUUACCGUGCCGCCAUCUCACACAGAGGUUCACCAGUGUUUGGGCCGCUGCUUGGGAGCUCUGAUCACUACUGUUGGCCCAGAAUUGCAGGGAAAUGGAGCAACUAUUUCCACCAUCCGCUCGUCCUGCCUGGUCGGUUGUGCCAUAAUGCAGGACCACUCCGACUCCCUGGUCCAAGCAGCCGCCAUUUCGUGUUUGCAGCAGCUGCACAUGUUCGCUCCUCGACACGUCAACCUGUCCAGCCUGGUGCCCUGCCUCUGUGUGCAUUUGUGCAGUUCACACUUGUUGCUGCGUCGUGCUGCCGUAGCGUGUCUUAGGCAGCUUGCCCAGAGGGAGGCUGCAGAGGUCUGUGAGUAUGCCAUGAGCCUGGCAAAGAAAGCAGGAGACGGCAAAGACAACACAACAAUCAACCUAAACAUAACAGAAACUGGGUUGGAAGGCGUUCUGUUCGGCAUGCUGGAUCGAGAGACGGACAGGAAGUUGUGUUCUGACAUCCAUGACACUCUGGGUCACAUGCUGUCAUCUCUCGCUGUGGAAAAGCUUUCUCAUUGGCUCAAACUCUGCAAAGACGUCCUCGCAGCAACAACAGAUGUAGGGGGGGCCGUGGUAUUUGAGGUGGAGAAAGAUGAGGAGGACUCUGAGAAAAAAGAUGAGAUGGACGACGACACCAUGUUCACAGGCCUGGGGGACGAUGACAAGUCCAAGCCAUCUGUGGCGCCACGCUGGGUGACCCGGGUGUUUGCAGCAGACUGCUUGUGCCGCAUCAUCCUGUUGUGUGAGAAUGUAGACAAGGCGCACUUUGACCUGGCAACAGCACGCUCUGCGCAAGCAAAGAACCCCAAAGGAGAUCUGUUGGUGCUCCAUUUGUCCGACCUUAUCCGUAUGGCCUUCAUGGCAGCCACAGAUCACAGCAACCAGCUGAGGAUGGCUGGCCUGCAGGCCCUGGAAGACAUCAUUAAAAAGUUUGCAUCCGUAUCAGAGCCUGAGUUCCCAGGGCACGUUAUCUUGGAGCAAUACCAGGCCAAUGUUGGAGCUGCCCUCAGACCUGCAUUUUCACCUGAUACACCGUCUGAUAUAACAGCGAAGGCAUGCCAGGUGUGUAGUACAUGGAUCGGUAGUGGUGUAGUCAGCGACCUCAAUGACCUGCGGCGAGUCCACAACCUGCUUGUCUCAUCGCUGGACAAGGUGCAGGCUGGGAAGGGCUCGUCCAGUCAGCUGUACAGUGAGAGUGCCACCACCAUGGAGAAGCUGGCUGUGCUAAAGGCCUGGGCUGAGGUGUACGUGGUGGCAAUGAAAAUCAAGAAAGAGGCAGAGGCUAAACCUGCCAAACCGGUAGGAAGAGAAGAUGAGGAUGAGGACGAGGAUGACCUGGGUGCGGAUGUGCUUCCUCCAGAUAGCCUCAUUAUCUUAGUGCAGCCAGAGCUGCCUUCUCUGAGCCGCCUCUGGCUGGCCAUGCUGCGAGACUACGCGCUGCUUACUCUGCCUGCUGAGUUCUCCAGUCAGCUACCACCUGAUGGCGGCGCAUUUUAUACCCCAGAGACGAUAGAUACAGCAAGACUCCACUACCGUGGCUCUUGGGCCCCUGUGCUGCAUGCGGUGGCUCUCUGGUUGAACAGCACUGGGUUUGGAGUUAACGAUAAUCAGGAGGAUGUCUCAUCGACUCCCUCCAAGGUUCCUAGCACCUUUCAGGGAGGGUCUUCCUCAACAAAAAUGCUGGACGAGCCGGUUAAAGACAGAAUGCAUCUAAUGCUGGGUGUCAGUAUAGAGUUUCUGUGCUUCCCACGGCCUGAGGAGCCCAUUGAGCACGUGAUGUCCUGCUUGCAGGCUCUGUCCACUCUGCUGGAAACUCCUUGUGCUAAGGCACAUAUGGCAGAAGACCAGCUACUGGCAGUGGAGCUCCUGAAUGUGCUCCACAGGCUGCUGCUGACGCGGGAUCCUCUUGCAGUCCAGCUUCAGGUCACAACUGUUGUGCAGGAGACCAUCAGAGCUGCACUGGACCAUCUGCAACAACAAAGGGCCAACAGAGGCAAUGACGAUGAAGGUGAGAAAGAUUCUCUGACCACCCUGGGGGAAGGCGGGGACACAGGGGAGCUCGUACCUGGCAAGUCUCUGGUUUACGCAGCCAUGGAGCUACUUGUGUUCAUCCUGGUCCGCCACCUACCGCAGCUUAAUUCACGAGUGAAGGAGUCACCCAGUCAUGCUCCUCUGAGACCACAGAGACUGCCAGAUGAAAGCGCACGCCUGGUGGCAAACACGGUUUCUAUUCUGGCCGAGCUGCCUUCGCUGUGCUCUCCUGCUGGAGCAACAACCAUUCUUCCUACAGUGCUUUUCCUAAUCACUGGGGUCCUAAAGGAAACGGCAAUUAAAGCUGCUGACAGCUCUGUGCCUGUUCCUGUAUCAGCCGCUCUGCAGGGCCUUAAGACCAUCAUCACGUCACGACUGACCCGGGAGGAGAGCAUUCAGACACAGUGGACCACCCUCGUAAGGAGCACCCUGGCAUCUGUGCUUGAGUACUCUCAGCCAGACGAGUCCCGAUCUGACAUGGAUGAAGUCAGUAUGUUGACAGCAAUAACUCUGUUCCUGCUGUCGGCCAGUAGUGAGCUCGUUGGAGUGAUCGUCCUGCAGAAGGGCUGCAUGGACCGCUUCCGAAAUGCUCUGAACUCUAGUGAUCCCUGGGUUCAGGCCCGGUGUUACCAGUUGCUUCUAUCAGUGUUUCAACACUCCAACCGAGCCUUGUCCACUCCUUACAUCCACGCCCUUGCUCCACUCAUGGUGGAGAAGCUAAAGGCGGUGGAACGCAGUAGGCCGGGAACUGCUGCUGAGCUGCAGGCUGUGCAAGAGGGCGUCAGGGUCCUAGAGAAUCUGGUCAGCAUGGGCGAGGAAAAGAACAGAGUGCAGCUGUUGGCUCUUCUUGUUCCAACUCUCAUCUCUUAUCUUCUGGAUGAGAAUGCGAUCUCCUCCGCUCCCCUAGUCUCUAGAAACCUGCACGAUUUCGCCCUCCAGAACUUAAUGCGAAUCGGGCCCCUGUAUCCAGCUGCCUUCAAGACAGUAAUCAGUGCAGCACCUGAGCUUAAAACUCGUCUUGAGUCUGCCAUACGAGCUAACCAGGCCAGCAGCAAAGCCACAGCAGCAGCGAGGCAAGCUCAGCCAACUGUGCAGGCUGCGCCAACUAUUAAACUCAAGACGAGCUUCUUCUGAACACAUCAGGAUGUACCGUACUCUCUCAAAACAGUUUUUGCUUUUUUCUUUGUAUUUCCCCUGAUGACGAUGUACUACGUACUGUCUGUCAUUCAUUACAGUUGGUUAAAUGUAUUUAUUUAUUCUUCAUCUCAUCUUUGUUUUAAAGUAUUCUUAAGGUCUAAAAGGUAAUUUGUAAAUAGCAUGAAAGAAGCCUUUGAAUGUUCACUUUAGAAAGCUUGAAUUAACAUCUCAAAUUUUUAUUUGAUGAAUGUAUUACAUCCAGACUUGACUUUUUCCCCCAUAAGUGAUUAACCCCAUUUAAAGGUGGAGGUUUAGCCGUGUUGUUUCUUUUGCGAUUUUCACCACCAUAUGUUUGAAAGUUACUUUGUCUCACAAAUUAUAAUUAUUUUUAUUUGUUAAAUAGUGCAGGAUGUGACCUUCAGGUCUGCUGAUUUUAUAAGUUAUGUUUAUUUAGUUUUAAUUCUUAUUAUUUUUUACUCUAAACAGUGUCUUAACAUUCCUCCUGGAAGUGAUAGAAUAAAAUGAGAGAUUACUUAUCACUUUAUCGAGCCAGUUUUGAGAUUUUGAAGAAUUGGUGGAAAUAUUUUAUCUCUUUUGCUAAUAAAAGGUGUAGGGGAUAUUUUGACAUUAAAUGUUUGCUUGAGAUUGCAUUAACCGUUUUGCCCAUGAAGGAAUUUGAACCCUCGCUAGUAUUUACUGCUAAUAAUAAUGCAAACAUUAAUUGUUUAAACAACUUUAUCAUAUUUGAGGAGUUUGAAUAAAUUUUCUUUGACUCA